AUGCCUGGCCAACCCUUGGCCACGGCCCGACGUUCCCAGCGUUUCUCGGACUCCCCGUGUCGAUGUCGCUUGCGCUUCGAGCCAGAAAGACGACCCGGCGGCAAGUGCUUGGCGUGUUUGGGGCUUCAUCAACGACUGGUGGUGCUGGAAGCUGCUAAGGAGGAACUCUCCAACUUGGCAGCUUUGCAACGGGAGGAGCUGCAGUACCUGAACAACAGGUACGAGUUGAGCUCCUUGGCCCAAGAGUUUGAUGAGCUGCAGCAAGAAAAGUCCCAGCUGGAAGGUCAGCUGAAGUCCUACAGGAGCGCCCCGGCACGGCUGCGCAGCCUGCGCCAAGCCGAAGCGCAGCAGGCCGCAGCCCGGGAGGCCUGGCUGGCAGAGAAGGAGAGCCUGCAGGCAGAAGUGGCUGCUGUCUCCAAGGAGGUGGCGUCCUCGCGCGACAAGUUGGAGCUACAGCGACGUCACCAAGAGCUUCGACAAGAGCUUGCGCAGCAGCGACAGCAGUGCCAGGUGGCAGAGGAUGCGCUUCGGGCUCAGUCCCACAGCGCGUCCAGCGCGUCCAGCGCCCCGCGGCCGCUGCCGCGGCAGCCACCGGCGCGGCCGCCGGAGGCGUUGGCGAAGAUGAGGUCUGAAAUCAAGACCUUGGCGGAAGCACGGCAGCACUGCAGCGCGGACUUGCGGACAGCCAAGGAGGAGUUGGAAGCCUUGCGUCGGGAGCUUGCUGCCAUCUCGGCGGACAAUGCCCAAUUGCGCUCGGGGCUACACUCGGUGAUGGUCGCCUUGGAUGAAGUGCAGCGGCAGCUGUGA